CCAGUAUUUAUUAUUUUCCAUUUCAUCGUGUAGUUUUAUUAGUAUAUGUAGUUUUUGAAACACAAUGUCAGGCCGAGGAAAAAAGGCGCACGGUGUUCAGUAUGUCCAGAACGAGGAACCAGCUUUUAUUCGACAAUUUAAGGAAAAAAUUGGAUAUAAAGAAGGACCCGAUGUUGAUACGAAGCGGCAGCGACUAGAAUCUGAUGAGGAAGGUGAGGACCAAGACAGCCAUGAUGAUGAGAAACCUGUAGUAGUUGUACUUAAAGAAGGUGAUUUAACCGCUGAAGAAGUAGACAAACUGGAAGAACUGGAAGAAACUAAGAAAACUCAAGCUGACUCUACAAAACCAAAAGAUGGAAAGAUUCUGUUCACAAAACCAACAAAAAGAGAUGGGGAUGCUGAGAAGACAUCUGAACUGUCUGUAAGUUCGGCCAAAAAAGCAAAAAAGGAAGAAAAAAAGGAUAAAAAAUCUUUGGUGAAAGAAGUGAGGAACUCAAAUCUUUUAUCGUUUGAUGACGAAGAUGAAGAUGAUACAUGAUUAAUUGACAGUGUUUUCUGGUUUCCCCAUCAUGUGAAAAGAGUGAAGCAUUAGUCAGGGGUGGAUACAGUAGGAGGGUGCUGGGUGGAAUGCAGUGCCUUCUUCUAGACUUAAGGGCCAUGGAAAGCCAAUGUUCAACAGAUAAACAUAAUGAAUGUGAACUAUUUUGGUCUAAUUGGUGUUUCUUGGGCAGAUGGUCACAUAUGUAUGUGUGUGUGUACUUGUAAAACUGAGUACAUGUUAUACUGUAAAAUACAUGGAAUGAUGUAUAUGUAGGUGCCUUUUAAAAAAAGUUCCACCCACUCCCUUUUUUGCAAACAUAUUUUAUUGUACAAAGAACAAAAGAAUUGGGCACAAGUUUGACAACUUACGAGGCCCUCUUCUAUAUUCAUACAAUAUACUUG